AUGCCUCACAACUUCCAGGUUGAGGAAGGAGCGAUGCUCUACUCCAAAUCCUCAGCCUACCAAGUGCAGUAUUUACUGGGGAGAGGCAGCUUUGGAGAGGUCGCCCAGUGCAGGAAGUUUGCCACCAACGAAAAUGUGGCUUUAAAAGUCAUGAGAAAUUGGCAGUGCAUUGAGGAUGCAAAGAGUGAGGAGGAUAUCCUUAAACAGAUGAAACUGGGUAACUGCCACCUCUUCAACAUCGUGCUAUGGAACGACUCCUUCCAAUACAAGAAGCGUUACUGCUUAGAAUUUGAGAAGCUGGACAUCAGCCUGUAUGAAUUCCUUCGGAAGAGAAGGUCUAUGUCUCUGAUGUUGAAGGAGAUCCGGCCCAUUGUGCAACAGUUGGCUAUUGCUCUGGAUUUCCUGGAUGUGGUUGAUAUCGUACAUUGUGAUCUAAAGCCAGCGAACAUAAUGAUGGUGGACCAUGUUCGCCAGCCACUCAAAAUCAAAGUGAUCGACUUUGGCCUGGCCGUAAACAACUCCACUCAGCAUACGGGGGAGACCCUGCAGACCCUAUAUUACAGAUCUCCAGAGAUCCUGCUGGGAAAUGAGUUCAAUGGAGCCAUCGACGUGUGGUCUCUUGGCUGCAUUGCUGCCAAAAUGUUGACCGGCAAUGUGCUGUUCCCUGGAAGUGACGAAUAUGACAUGCUGAGGCACAUCAUACUUGGUAUUGGUGAGCCACCAAGCCAUCUGCUCAAUGCUGGAAUGUUCACACAUGAGUAUUUCUGUGCAACAUUCAGAGAAGAGGGACCCCCAGUGUGGAGAUUUAAAAACCCACGUGAAGUGAGAAAUUCCAUCAAAUUAUUCCCACGGACGAUUCGCAGCCUGAGAGAUCUCAUCAAGAAGUCUGAUAAACUCUCAGAUAAAGCCAGAGUGUGUGAUGGUGACCAGGAGAGUUUUCUGGAUCUGAUGACAAAGAUGCUGAUGGUGGACGCGGCUCAGAGGAUCACACCCAGCCAGAUCCUCCAGCAUCCGUUCAUCACCAUGAGUCACCUUUCUGGCGACUCAAAAAGCUGCUCCCUUGUUAAAUCGUGCUUUGGUCAGAGCUCUGAUAAUAAGGAGGAUGACGACCUUGAGGUGGCCUCCAGCAGCACUGCCAUCCCAGCCCGCCAAACUGAAAAUGGUGGACUGAGCAGCGAUGAACAUCCCACUCUUGCUGGACACACAGCAAAGAAGAAGAGGAAAAGGGAUGGUGGAAAAACCACCAAGAAGACUCCGCUGCUCAAACGAAAGAGGGAUCAAGUAAAGUCGUGCUCUUCCUUUGGUGGCAGCUCCUCAGCUAAAAAGAGGAAGACUGAGAACCUCAAUAAGGACUUGGAGGACAGCGUCAACAAACUACUGAACGAAACAGUAGAGGUCCCCUCCAAAAAGAGGAAGAGGGCCGAUGAAGACAGCUGUCCAGAAGAGAGGUCUGGAUGCAAAAGCAGAAAGAUCAACUGA